AUGCCGAAUAGAAAUGAAAAUGUGGCUCCUUCAGUCGUCAAUGAUGUUACAGUAGUUCAAUCGAAAAGCAAGUUAUCUCAUCGCCUUUCAAUUAUUCGUGAAUUCAGUUUGAAUACAUCAACACAUGCUUUACCGGGUAUUGCUCGGAGUGAAAGUCUACAUAAUCGUAUUUUUUGGUCGCUUUCAUUCAUUAUUUUCGCUGGUAUAAUGGUCUAUUUUGUUGUCACAGCGAUCUUGAACUAUUUCAGUUAUCCAACAAGUAUGGAUGCAAGCUUUAUUAGUGAAUGGCCACAGGAAUUUCCAGCUGUUAGCUUUUGUAAUAUCUCACCACUUCGUCUGGAUCUAUUUUGGAAUCCUUUUCUAAACUACUCCAUCAUGAGCAAUUGGACAACUACAAAUGAUACAAAAUGGGGUCCAUCUCAGUUUCUAGAUCUUGCAAGAUUUUUCGUAAAUACUUUGAAUAGAAACGAAACACUAGAUAUGUAUUUCUAUUCACUUUCUUCGAUGAUGUACAAAUGUACGUUCAAUAAUAUGCCAUGUUCAAUAAACGAUUUCAUUUCAUUUAUUUCACCCGUCUACGGUGCCUGUUAUACAUUCAAUGCAAAAUUAAAAAAUAAUGCCAGUCGAAAUAUACUUUAUGCAAACGAAUAUGGUGGCGAUGGCAAGCUCUCCAUAGGUCUUUACAUGCAUAGUCAUCAAUAUGUGCCUUUCCUCAUGGAGGGGUUUGGUGCCGUGGCUUUAGUUCACGAUAAUACACAAUUACCACUUAUUGAAGCAGCUGGUAUUGAAUUAGCGGCAGGACAAAGGCACAAAAUUGGAUAUCGAAAGAAGACAACUUACUUUUUAUCUUCACCGUAUACAACAUGUACUGACAACGCAUCUCCUACUAUGCAAGCCAUGUUUGAUUAUUGUUCAGAAUGUUUACAAGAAUGUGAAAUAAGAAGUUUUAUUGCACAAACCUCUUCACUAUCAUUACCAGGCGCAUGGGAAAUGAAAAACAUAAAGAAGUUUGUUGAAAAUUCCACGAUUCCAUUACCAGCCAAUUGGUCUAGUACAUGGCAAGACGAAAUUCGUACAAAUUAUCUUACUAUCAACAUUAUACGCGAAACAAGUAUUGUCGAGAAUAAUACACAAUCAGCGAGCAUGGCAAUUCAAAUUCCAAAUCCGAGUCGUUAUCGAAUCAAUGUGACAAGAAAUGAUUAUUUUGGACAGCAUUAUGCUAUUGAUAGAAAACUGGGUAAAAUGUCUCGUGUCGGCUUGUCGAAUGAAGGUAAUCAAUCGGUAGUUGGUAGUCAAGAUUUAUAUUUACGUAAUGAGGGUCUUACUUAUUCAUUUGAGCUUAAACUUUAUCCAGCUAGAUGUAUUGCAAAUCGAGGUGGACCAUAUGAUUAUAUGGAUUAUUGGGCAGGUAUUGUUAUAUCAUAUGGUGGUGAAAAUAAAACAUCUAAUGAAACAAUAUUUGAUGAAGAUUGUGGUGGAGAUUGUCUUGCAUGGCCUUUAGAAUAUAAUUCAACUGCUAUAUGA